AUGGGCUGGCUGUGGAGCUCAACUCCUAAGGAUCUUCCGAAGGAUGUUCCCAAGGAUAUUCCAUUCACAAUUCCUACGGAAUCAGUAAAGCAGAAUGCACCAUCGAAGACCUUGACCCCCGACGAACAAGCCGACUUGGAAUUCAGCCAAAUCCUGGCCGAUCUCAGAGCCGAGGAUUCAUCGCUCUCAAAACGAACAGGGCUGACUCCUGAUGGCAAUCCGCUGCCAGAAUCCCAAACACCUUCAUCGCCCAUCUCUCCCGAGUCCCUCUACCAAGAUACCAUGUCCUGCCGCAAUGCCUUCGACUACGCCUUCUUCUGUCAGUCCUUCGGAGGCCAAUUUGUGAAUGUUUAUCGAUAUGGAGAAUUACGGUCAUGCAGCGAUCACUGGGAUAAUCUAUGGCUGUGCAUGAAGACACGAACUUGGCCAGACGAUUUGCGCAGGAGAGAAAUACGGGACCACAACCGGAAGAAAGCGAUUAAGUACAAGACGGGCCCCAGCAGUGAAGAUGUCUGGGAUGUGCGUCUAGACCCAGCCAAGGACUCGUUCAAGGGAGAUUUUGCCACCAUGUGGCAGGAGAUGAAGGCUGAAGAUGAAGCAGCAAAACAACAGGCGCAACAGACGGCUUCAUGA